UUCUGCUGUUUUACUUCAACACUACCCGGCUGACGUUACGUUCGCGCUCCGGCGCUACAAACAACAUUAGUUUAUAGUUGAUAGCUUAGUUUUAAGACAAAAACAAUGAAUUGUGAACUUUAGUAUCUAAAGAUCGAUCAUUUCGGAAUAUUUUUCUUAGAAAUUUUUUUCUCUGACACAUAUCUUGGUGAGUGACAAUAGUUUUCCAGCGACCGGCGAAAUUUCAGUGUCAGUUCUUUUUCUUGUUCAAGUGAUUUUACUCUGUUUUCCAAAAUUCCGGUUGCAAAUAGGAGCCUCGAAGUGGUCCGGGAAGGUACCACAAUGGGGCAAAUACCGCAAAAUGUAAGUUCUUAUCUACAAUCCAUAUCAACCCACACGCUUUUCGUGGAUGCCUUCUUACAGAACAACCGCUUGGACCACGUUAGUCAAGUAAUGGGGUAUCAUAAAACCUACUUGGACCAUUUUCUAAAGACUCAAAAUUUCAUCCUAAGAGGUGAUGGACCACUUCCUUAUGAUUAUAGGCACUAUAUAGCAAUUAUGGCUGCUGGAAGGCACCAAUGUGGCUACCUGAUAACGCUACAGAAGCAGGAGUUUCUUUUACAAAGAGGCGAUCCUAAUUGGUUAAAGGGCCUUGAACACAUACCAGCCAAACUUAGAAAUCUCAACGAUAUCAAUAAAAUUCUAGCGCAUAGGCCUUGGUUGUUAAAUAAAUCUCAUAUUGAGAAAUUAACCAAAGGCAAAGACAGUUGGUCGUUGGCGGAAGUAGUUCAUGCCAUAGUGAUACUAGCCCACUUCCAUUCACUUUCAAGCUUCGUCUUUUCCUGCGGGCUCAACCAAGAACUAGACCAACUAGCCUCUGGUUACCAAUAUCACAGUGAUACUACCGUUACAACCAAAACGAAUAGCAAUAAGACCAAACCCAAAGACAUACCUAUCGUAGAACCGAGCGCAGAACCACCCGAAUGGAAGACAACCUCGACCACUCCACCAUCUCCCACUGAACCUGAAGUAGGAAUCAGCACUUUAAUGCAGCGCAUGAAAACCUUGUCGGAACAACAGCAGGAGUGCAAGCCUGAAGAAUUAGCCAAAAGAUUCGAAAGUAUAGAAAGUCAGUCUGCGGAAAUUGGGGCUGUGGGUACGCAACCGGAAUCCACUCCGGCAGAUAUUAGUUGUUACGUCGAUGACGCUAGCUUCAUGUACAUAGAUUUUGCCAAGAGACUCGAUUCACAAGAUAUAACUACCUUUAGAGUACAUGACUAUUCUUGGGAUGACCAUGGGUAUUCCUUAGUAAAUAGACUUUACAACGACGUAGGAAACCUGUUGGACGACAAGUUUAGAACAGCAUACAAUCUAACCUACUACACUAUGGGUAGUCGUACUGACGUAGACACUACAAGAUUCCGUAGGGCUAUCUGGUAUUAUAUCCAAUGUCUCUUUGGAAUUAGACAUGACGACUACGACUAUGGAGAGAUCAAUGCUUUAUUAGAAAGAGCCUUAAAAGCUUUCAUCAAAAGCGCUACGUGUUAUCCUGAUAGAGUUACUAAGAAAGAAUAUGAUAGGGUUUUAAGGGAAUUUCACUAUAGUGAAAAGGUCCACGUUAACUUAAUGGUUCUUGAAUCAAGAAUGCAAGCUGAACUGUUAUAUGCUCUAAGAACUGUGAAUCGAUACAUGACAAACUAAGGCAAAGGAAACUGGCACGUUUUGAUUUUGGAAGCUUCAACAGCUUCAUUGUUAUUUCUCCACACUAUGUACCUAAACCUUAGGUAAUGGUUUUGAGUUUAUAUACUCUACCUAUUGAGAAAACUGGGGGAAAACGAAAAAGUCUGGAGAAUAUUUCUAUUAAUGCACAAAACUACAAGAAAUCUUGUUUUUUAUUAAUUGUUGUAAGCUAUAGUAUAUUGAGUGUUAUAUAUGUACGGAGACAUUUAAGUUCAUGUGGUAUAUUGUAUGUUUUUCAGUGUUACGGUAUCUAGUUUUUUUUAAUUUUUGAACAAUGUGUUAAUAUUUUUUAUAAUUAUCGACUUCUACUGUAUAUUGAAUUAUAUUAUAAAACGGUAGAAAUUAUAUAGACCACUCUAGGAGUGUCUCUUGUAGGGACCAUUGAGUCAUAUUGAGUUUUUGUAAUAAUUGACAACAAAAUGCUUCCACCUAGUACGAAAGUGUAUUUGGUAUAGUAAGUACUGAUAAGACACAAAACAAGUCAUCUUUAUGUGGAAUUCUUCGAUUUUUAACGUAAAGUUUGCGUCUACCAAUUUUUUUUCUUUUCUUUUAUCUGACAUAUAAUAAGGGCGUUCCUUGUUACGACAUAAUGUUUUAUAAUGUUUAUAAUGUUUUAUAUCUGUUGCGGUAACAAGUAAUCAAGUAGCACUUUACACAAAAACUCAAAAUCUUGGCGAAAUCCUUCCUACAUAGAACUCAACUUGGCCUAUUUAGUGUGCAUAUUGAAUAUGUGACUGCACUUGUAUAUAUCUUGAAAGAAUUAUAUCUCAUUACCUGUGUGUAAAUUAUGUACAUAAAUAAGUAGUCACGGAAGUCAGCGCUCUCUGAAAAAUAUUUUUUUAAACGAAAGAAAUCCACCUUGUACAGCAAGUGACUUCCAUUUUGUGUUGUUUUAAGAUCUAUCAUUUUUUAAGAACGUGAUUUAUGAAAGUGAGAAAAGCGUCAAACUUUUUAACAAAAGUAUACCUUUUGAAUUUAAACAGCAUCUUCAAAAAUAAUGGCAAAACACUCAGCUAAAGUGCAUAGAAAUCGGCCCACUUGAAACUUUUGACUUGAACUAUAUCUUUUUCAGAAAUUCUUACUCGGAGCAAAAAAGGGAUAUUAUAUUGUUUGAAAGAUAAUUUAAUAUGAUUUAAUAUGAGCAUACAUUUAUGAACAUUUAUUUCGACUUCUUAUGUUUAAUAUUGAAAAAUGAGUAAAUCAAGCCAAUUAACUUUUUUUACUGCUAACACAAAAAGGGCAUUUGACAAUUAAAAAUUUAACAGUUAAUGCUUUAAGAAUGGGUAUGACCUCCUCUUGCAUUAAUAACUACUCUGAUCAAGUUCGUUAUUGUUUCUUGUGGGGUGUUAAGCCACAGAGGUGUAACCAGGAUGAUCCUAAGGGGUUACAUCUACUUGAAGGUCUCUGGGGGUAUGGAAUAAUAGUGGUGUUAAGCGUAUAGAGCAAAAAGUACAUCCAAAAGGGAGAUUAUAACCCCCAAAACCACCCCCUGGUUACGCCUAUGUUAAGCCGCUCUUCCAUUGCGACAAUAAGCACUGAAAUCGAAUUUGGGAUAUGAAGUCUAGCUCGAAUUCUUUGUUUUAGCUCAUCCCAUAAAUGUUCUAUGGGAUUGAGGUAUGGACUGUACGGUGGCCAUUAUAUGACCCGAAAACCGACUUUGGUAAUGUAAUCUUACACGAUUUUUGAGGUAUGCGGCCUUGCAUUGUCCUACAUAAAACUAAAUUCGUCUCCAAUGUAGUCAAGGUAAGGUACUACAUUCAUUGCUAAAAUCUCCUCGAUGUAUCUAACACCCGUUAAACAUCCUAGCUCGUGAAGACGGUUAUCCUAUGAAUGAAAACAAGGUCGGCUCGUACCCCCAUGGAAAUUGCACCCCAUUUCAUCCAGAAAUCAGCUCCAUAAGGACUCCGCUCUUCAAUGCAGCAUUCUGCAAAUCGCCCUCGUCGUUUUCUGUCUUCUUCGGUCGUUACCAUAGAGAAAUAUUCUGGUCUCAUCUGAGAACAGAACAGAUCCGCAUUGUUCCAACGUCCAGUUCAGAUGAUCCUGUGCAAAACGCUCACCUGUUUGACGGGUCUAGGACCUUUCAUCGCCGCCAAUUCAUCGCCGGCCGAUUCAUCGCCAGCCGAUUCAUCGCCAGCCGAUUCAUCGCCAGCCGAUUCAUCGCCAGUCAGUUAAUCGCUAACUGAUUUAUUUCCGAAUUUCCGACCAAUUUUCGACAGUUACAUUUAUUAUUUAUUUUUAAUAUUAGUUAGGAAUUCUAGGAAAUGACCUAACCUAACCUAACCCAACCUAACACUACAUAAAUUUGAACAUAUUAUUUCUACAAAGGCCAUUUAACACUACAAAUUAAGUACUAUUUAGUAGGUAUAAAAUUUAGGGGAAGUAGAAAUAGAACAGUAAAUAUAAUAAUAUUUUUUAUCUGUUUAAUUGACAUAAGUUUUGAACUGAAUUUAACGUCGUGUCGAGUUAUCUCCCAUAAUACAAAAUCUACUGACUAACUGGCGAUGAAACGGACGGCGAUGAAACGUCCCAUUCCGUGUUUGACGAUGAGCUGCAGUAAGUUUUUGACCAAUUGCAGAUACUCGAGGAGUCAGAUUAUUUUCCUCCAGUCUUCAUCUUACUCUCCACUGACUAAUAACCAUUCCUCUUACCUCACGGAGCUGUUUCUGCACUUGAACGACGUUAAGGUGACGAUCUUAAUAUUGUUGAUACAAUAGAGCGAUCUUCUUCUUCUUAACCUGCCCGAUCAAGUCCCCUUGACGUUGGCGAUUAACAUGGCGAAACUGUCUCUGUCUCGAGCUAUUCUAAAUAGGUGUUCUGCUUUCUUUAUUCCUGUCCAUUCCCGGAUAUUCUUCAACCAAGAGACCUGCUUUCUACCAAUUCCUCUGCAUCUUUCGAUUUUACCCAUCAUAAUAAGUUGAAGAAUAUUAUACCGGUCUCCCCUUACUACGUGUCCAAAUAGACCAUCUUUCUAUAUUUGAUGUUAUCAAGCAGUUCGCGGGCAGCAUUUGCUCUCUUAAGGACGGCUACAUUUGUCAGCAUAGCCGUCCAUGGUAUUUUCAGUAUACGUCUGUGUCCAUACUUCGACACCAUACAAGAGGACUGACCAAAUGUAACAUUUAAUCAUGCGCUUCCGAAGUUGAAGUUGUAAGUUACCAUUACAGAAGAAUGACCUCAUUUUUAAAAAUGUCGUGCGGGCUAUCUCGAUUCUAUAUUUUAUCUCUUUAUCUGGAUUUAGUUGUUCAUUAAUAUGGCAACCAAGAUAUUUAAAACUGAGUACUCUUUGUGAUUGAUGAUUUAAAAUUGAGUACUGAUGUGACCAUCAACAUAUAACCGUGAAUCUUGAUGGGCCAAACGGAUACCAUGUAUUUUGUUUUUGAACAAUUUAUAUUUAGGCCAAACUAUCUUCCCACUGUGUCAAUGGCAUUUAAAAGGUGUUGUAAUCCAUUCAUAUCAUCACUUAAAAUAACUGUAUCGUCUGCAUAUCUGAUUGUAUUUAUCAGAAUCCCAUUAACUUUCACACCCUAUUCCAAAUUAUGCAGCGCUUCCUUAAAUAUUCUGAAUAUAAAUUGAAUAACAGUGGGACCAGUAUACAACCCUGUCUGACACCUCUUUGUAUUGUGCAUGUUUCUGUUGAUUUUCCAUUUAUGCAAGCUGUCGCUGUUUGACGCCAGUAUAAUUUUUCUAUGAUUCGUACAUCUUGACUAUCAACUCCUUUAUCCUUUAAUAUUUUAAUUAAUUUGUGUUGUGCUCUAUCAAAGGCCUUCUCAUAGUCAAUAAAUACAGCAAAGACGUCUUUCCUUUGAUCUUAGCAUUUCUGCAAUAAUACAUUUAGUGCAAAGAGUGCGUCCCGGGUUCCCAGUCCAUUUCUGAAGCCAAAUUGUGUUUCAUUCUGGUCUUCUUCACAUUUAUCUCUGAUUCUACUGUGGAUGAUACGUAGAAAGAUUUUCAAAAUGUGGCUCAUAAGGCUUAUCAUUCUAUAAUCGCUACAGUUUUUCGGACGUUGUUUUUUGGUAGGGUUAUGAAUUCGGACUUUAACCAAUCUUCAGGGAUAUCACCAGUCGAAUAAACAUCAUUGAAAAGUUUGACUAGUAUUCCAAUGUUUUCCUCAUUUAUGAGCUUUAACAUUUUUGUAGGUAUAUUGGCAGGACCAACAGCUUUCUUGUUUUUUGCCAGUUUUAUAGCAUGUAGUAUUUCUGAUUUUAGUAUUUCUGGUCCUUCACAUUCAUCUAAAGUCCAACGAGUUCUUCGGGACUAUCAUUAUACAGUUCAUUUACAUAAUUAUACCAGGUAGUUCGAAUUUCGUGUUCGUCUAUUAUCAUUUAUCGCUCAAUAGAGCGAUCGUCAUGAGCAAUUAUUGUAAGUCGUGUUCUACCUGUUACAGGUCGUCUACGAAAGGAUUCAGUCUCCUCAUAACGUUGGAACACUCUUCGAACCGCGGCGAGUGUCAUAUCCAAUUGUACAGCAAAGCUCGCUGGCUAAGUGGAUUUUUUUAUUAAUGCAAUAACUUGGUGACUUUCUCUGGUGUAGUGUCAAAAGUUUAAAGUGGGCCGAUUUCUAUGCACGCAAGUUUAGGUUAAUCCUGACUAAUAUCAAUAUACGGCACUAGUGUUUAAUUAAACAAGAUGCUUGUUUCUCACAAUUCUAGUAGUAUUUUGCCGUUAAAGAUAACAACUGUUGUAAUGUUUAGCAACAACUAAGGCCUAUACUUUUGUUGUUCGAUUUGACAGAAACAUUAUAUUUACUAAAAUCCUUCCAUUUUUUUCAAAAAUUCAUUUCAAGAGAGGCAGUGAUGGUUUUCGUAAACCUUUAUAAUGAUUUUAGAUCGCAAGAAUGUGAACAAGUUAUUGAAAAUAGCUACAUAAUAUACUUGAAAAAAAAAAGAUAUGGAUACAAAAUCCUUCUUUCACAGGACGUUUUAUUUUUUAAUGAAACGCUUCAAGUUUUUAGCUCAACCUUAUAACUGUCGAUUGAGAUACAUCACAUUUUCUUGCUAGGUCUCUUUAACUGUGUUCUUUUACAAUAGAAUAGAACAGAAGAGAUCUGCGCAAUAGAAAAAUCUUUACAUUAUCAUUUUAUCAGAUUUACAUCUUCACAUCUCAAAAAACGAUUUCUUGUUUUAUGAUUAGAAAUUAACUAAAUUCAAAACUAACGUAACUAUAUAACAAUAAUAAUACUCAUAACUGAAAAUUUCACACAAUUUGAACACCAAUCUGUGGCGCUGCAGAGUGAUUCGUCUGUUUCUGCGCUUAGAGUUACUUACUGCACACUUUUAGCGCAUUCUAUUGUAAUCUGUCAAGUUUUCUUAAUUCAAUAAAAAAAGUUCCAGGAUUUUUAACUUAAUGUAAACAUUAUCAAUUCAUUAUCAAUAUUUGAAGCCGGUCUUCUUUAAUUGGUUAUCUUCGUGGUUGCAAUAAUUUGUUCACAUUCUUGAAAUUAGGUGUAGUGUAGUCCUGCCAAUAAAGUUAUUUGAUGAUAUAGAGUGAUGAUCAUAUAGAUUAUAUUUUUUCAAUUAUCACUAUGAUUAAACGACUGAUUACCAAGAAUCUGUAUAUUAGAAUCGACUAUAUAAACAAUAUCAAAUACAAAAUGAAUUUUAGCAGAGAGAACUAUUCAGUUACUGAUUACAUCAAGUAUUGAAAAAAUGAAAAUCAAAAACCCACUUCCAAAAAAAUUGUAACCCCCUAAAUUUUACGUCUUGAUCUCAGUAUUAAUAUUAAUUUCUUUAGUAUAGUUCACUGCCAUAUAUUUUAGCCUAAAAGAUUUGCAAAUAUCAAUUGUUGCUUUUUAAUUAUCAUACAAUUGGAGCUUCCAAAACAAGGUUUUUACUAAGGGCUUAUCCAAAUAGUACAACUUCUUUAACAAAAUUCAGAAAAUCUUAGAAAAGAGUAUGCUGUAACGUUAUAGAACUUUUAAUUUGAAUAUUUGGAAAAAUUGCUUUAUAUCGGAAACUGUCUAAUGAAAAUACAGUUUAUAGUGGUUAUCAUUUUAUAUGUGAGUUGAUAUGCAAAUUGAAGUCUGGCAACAACGCGCAACUCAAAAAUCUAAAGAUUAAAAAAGUAGGUUUGUAGGUCAGUUGCAUCUGGUAGGUAAAAUAAUGUAAAUAUCAACCAAACCCAUAUCCAUUAUUUUGUAGGUAUGUCAACAGCCCCAAAAAUCACACCUCAAAGUAAAUAAACAAGGGGAAAUUUCCACAGUCACAGCAAGUUCUUCUAGGCUACGUUGCCAUGUCAUUCAGAUUUAUCAAAAUAAAAAUUCACUUAUAGGGAGAACAAUGUAAUUUUUUUCUUGAAAACGGUUAACUUUAGAAAAAAAUGUUAUAGGAGUUUUAUGUUCUCUAUUGUGUAUUAUAUCCAUACCUUAAAGGAACGCACUAUUUUCGGGGACUCCCCGGGUAUAGUUGACUCUACAAGGCAAGAGUGAGGGCAAGAAAGACUCUGGAUGUAAACGUAUAUUGUGGCUGACCAAUCUUAGAAAAUAGACUGGUCUUUUGUCAACUGAUCAAUUUCGAGCUUCUGUGAAUAGAAUAAGAUGGGUACGUGUGGUCUCCAACAUCACUCGAAGAUAGACACCUUUAGAACCAAGAUUUAAUUCAAUGAGCUUUUUGAGUUCAUUGACGAUUCAUCAACCGUUUUUGUUUAUCUCAGAUAUGGACUGAUAGUAGAGACGAAGACCUACUAAGUCUACAGAUUACCAUACCAAAUCUAAGGAAGCAACGGAAACAAUGCUAUCGAAAAAAGAAAAGACGAUUUUUAACAAUGGCUGUCGAUGUCGCCAAUCCAAAGACUCGAGAAUACGGCAACAAGUGGGAUAAAAGACAAUAUACCAUUAUUUAUUUAAAAAUGAUUAAACAUGUUUUUUUAAUUAAUGGAUCUAUAUAAAUUUUAUUUUAAUUAAAAAUCAUAAAUAUGAAUGUCUAAAAGAACAUAUUAAAUGUAUAUUAUAUCUGAUGAAUUAAAGGAAAGAAGAAUAUAUAGGAACUACAAAACUAUAACAAUAAAAACUACUACAAUAGCUCGAAUAACAUAAAAAGUAACACUUGAAAGUCAAGUAAGCUGAAUGAGCUAAAAACUCAGUUCGAGGGGUUCAUGAUUCAAAGCACGGUGAGGACCAGAAAAUAAACAUUAAAGCAAUUUAAAGUCCAAGAAUGAAUCCGUAACUUUUAAUUAAGACGCAAGUAAAUAGUCGAUGGAUGAGUAAUACGGUAAGAGAUAAAAACUUACGGCUCGAUCUCACUUUGGUCUUUAUUGGACCAAACGGGAGGGAUCCAAUCUUACGGGAAGGAUUGAGACCUUAGAAAACCGAAAUACAGAUCGAUUCUAAGAACCUUGGAUUCUUGUUAGAAUAACCACACAAGUUUAUUUUUAGUAAUAUCCAAAGUAAAAUUAUAAAUUGCAUAACGUUACAUCCGUACUCCCUCCACAAAAACAAACUUAUUGGCCAUUCUGCAUCUUCUUACGUUAUUUCGCUGAAAUUGUUUAUUAUGUUAAAAUGUUUAUUAAUACAUAGUUCUCAACAUUAUUUUCUUCGCACAGAAAGGAUACAGAGUUUGUUACCUUUUUACACAGAAUUAGGGGUGGAAAUAUGUUCUGAUCAAUGGGUUAUAUUAGUUGCGCAUCGUUAAUAGAUUGUAGGGGUAGGAACAGAACACGUGGGUCGCGGUGGAGGUGGAUAAUAAUAAUAAUAUCGUAUGGCAUUUUUGCCGGGGAGAUCCUUUCGGACAGUUCCGGCGCCAUUUACAUCUUUAAUCCUGUUUCAAGUAACUAGUGCCGAUGUACACUAGCCAAGGGGGACCGACGGCUUUACGUACUCUCCGAGGCACGGUGAGACGGCUCGUGUUAUUGGAAAUGAAAAUGGUUUGUCUUUGGCAGGGCUCGAACCCACGUGCACUGGCGUAUGAUGCCAGCGAAUAUGUCUUUACUCCACGGCCGCUCAGGGUGGAGGUGGAGGUCGCGGUCGAUGUCGAUAUCCAUGUAAAACAAACACAUUGUAGUGAAUGGAAGAAAACAGAACAGGUAAGUCGCGGUCGAUGUUUAGCGCGAUGCCAUCCAGGAGGUUUACAUCGAUGCUUUUGAAAAUAAAAUAGUGUGUUUUACAUGGAUGUCUACUGCGCGGCCUACAAGGAUGCUUCCCUGUGAUUGGUCCGUUCGAAGCCAAGUUGUCAUUACCUGCGCUAUCUGAGUGGAUACUUUUAUUAAUCCCUUUUUUGUAUUCAGUUUAUUUUUGAAUUUCUAAAGUAAUUAGAUUCAGUAAAUUUUUGAAAUAUGAAGGAGGAUCUGAUUACAUACAGCUGACAUUUUAUCACUACCAUCACUUGACUGAGACAACAUCGCAAAAUCACAGUAUUUUUGUCAUUCAAAUUUCAUUAAACUACUUCACUUGAUAGUGGUUCUAGCUCGACUGACAGCGCAGGUGACCUCCUUGCUAUGUGCUGUCGACAUCGACCGCGACUUAACUAGUAGCAUCCACCGAGACUUACACCUCCACCUCGACCCACUUGUUCUGUUCUUACCCUAGGUUGUAAACGGAUCGUUUUGACUUAUAGAUUUUUCAGCAUUGAGCCAUGAAAGAUAUUUUGUGCAUAUCCUACAUCUAUUGUUGUGGCUUUCGCGCAUGUUGUAAAGCCAAAAGAGGAUCGAGAUAUUGCUUCAAUAAGUACUUAAAUCUUUAGAGGAUCCAGUUUGCUCGCUCGCUGGUCUUUUUUGGCUCUUUUCUGAGUUUUAUCGCAGUCUUCCUGACUACUGGUGUAUGUUCUGCAUGAUGACUUUUCUUUAUUAAAACUUUUUUAAAUAGUGUCACUUUAAUGAUCGUGGUCAGUGAAUUCUUUGGUUAAAUUUGGAGACCAAUUACUCGAAGGAGUCAAUUAUUUUUCAGUUCAGAUCCACUACUUGUGCGAGAAUGAAAUCAACGUUCAUUACAACACAUCCUGCAUAGAAAUGUGUCUACUGCCCCAGUGUGUGGAGUUGACAAUGGCCAGUUAAAAAACCAACUGUCAAGCGUAUGGUUUCCCUGGUCAUUCCCAAGUACUUUUCUGAUGCUGACUUCCUAAGGUUCCUUAGUGUUACCUUGGCAAGUGUACAUCCUGGCCCUUCUUCUCAUCUUUUCACGGUUUGCGUGUGUGAGUGACAUUUGGUAAUUUCCGCGAUUGCUCGACCAGCCAGAAAGAUCACAACCCGAAGAGUCUUAGGAUUUCUGCCUUCCUAGCUAGCUGGUCAGCAAUACCAGACAUAGUUAUUACAAAGACAUAGUUUUACCCUUAUAAAAGCAAUUGAUAAAAGGUAGAAAGACACAUGUAAGCUCUGUAUCCUAUUUGUGUAUUCGGCGAAGCGCCAACUUGUUUUGUUUCGUUUUAUAUGAAAAGUGUUUUUACACAUAUUUUGUACCUUAUUGAAAGGGUGUGAUCAAAAUAUUUUUUUUAUAUUAUGUUCAAAGAUAUCUUAAAUAUUUUAUUAUAUUGUAUAUAAAAUCUGACUAUAAUUUAAAUGUAGAUCCACCCUUGAAAAAAUAUUCUUUAUAUUUUUACGUAAUGCUGUGAUUAAAGUUUUUGUGUAUUUAUUUGAAACAAUGUAUAUAUUCGGCCUUCUUAUUUUUGUGAAAAACAAUGAACAUUUUCUUCCCAAAAUUGUCUUACUAUAUUUUUUAAUUAGCAAAACAAUCAUAUUUGAUGCAAAAAGUACAAAUUGUGAUGAACUGAACGAAUUGUAAAAGGGUUUCAUAACUUUAAGAACAUAGUACAAGUCAAUCAAAGUUUUGGCAUACAAGGUACACCAAAUCUCAUAAUUAGUUAGUUUUACUUCAAAAUUUUAGACUUUAUUUAAAUGGUUUUUUUUUUGAGUAACAUACAUAUCAUAACAAAUAAUUGAUACAGGAUACGACAAUUUGAUUUUUUUAAAAAUAUUCUGAAUGCCAUUGUCGUUUUCCCCAGAUACCGGGAGAAAAAUAUCAUCAUCAUCAUACAGCUUCUUCUCUUGUCCACUGCAGGAAAUAAGCCUCCUCAGCACGUCUUCAGGAAGUUUGAUCUUGUGCAAAUUGUAUCCAUUUACCAUCUAUUCUUUUUAUUUCGUCUGUCCAGCGUGUUGGUGAUCUGUCACCUGUCAUCCUGCAGUCUUGCGGCGAAACUCCAUUUUAAUCUGGUAAUUCUUUUUAUAUCAUGCACACCCUUCUUUGCUUUAUUUCUAAAUUUCUCACUCGAUUCGCAAGUCUUAUUCCUAGUAUGGAUCUUUCCAUUUUUCGCUGUGUUAUUCUAAGCUUCGACACCCUUGCUUUGCUUAAUGUUAGUGGUUCAGCUCCGUACGUAAUGACUGGAAGAACACAUUGAUUGUAUACUUUCCUUUUAAGGCUUAAAGGAAUUUCACUGCUGAAUAUGUCUUUCAACCUGCCAUAUGCUACCCAGCCUAGACCAAUUCUUCUAUCUCUUGGGUCUGAUUGGGUUUGAUGUCGUGUCCGAGAGAUCGAUAUUGACUUAUUUCUUCUAUUUGGUUUUGUCUUUAUUUAUUUGCAAACCAACCUCUUUAGCUGCUUUCGCAAGCUCUGUGAGCAUUUCGUUUGCUUCCUUGAUGUCGUCAGCGAUUAUGACAAUAUCAUCAGCGAACCGGAAAUUGUUGAGCUGCUUUCCGUCUAUGCGUAUUCCCUUGUUGGCCCAGUCCAGUUUUUUAAACGCAUAUUCUAAGACAGUCGUGAAAAGCUUCGGCGACAUUGUGUCUCCUUGUCUAACACCUCUCUCGAUUUUGAAUUUGUUAGUUUCUUGAUGGAGCUGCACACUCGUUGUUGCGUGUUUAUAGAUAUUAUGAAUCAAACGAGUGUACCUGUAAUGUAUUCGAUAAUGGGCAAGUGCUGUCGCUAUUUUAUCACUUUUAAUUGUGUCGAAGGCUUUCUGGAAAUCUACGAGUAUCAGUAGGUACUAGUGAUCGGUUAUAUUCGACAGUUUUUUCUGUCAAUACCUUCAGUGAUAGUAGGUGAUCGUUUGUCCCAAAGCCUGAGCGAAAGCCGGCCUGUUCUACUGGUUGGUAUAAGUCCAAUUUGCUCUCAAUUCGGUUGGUGAUCACUCUGGUAAAAAGCUUGUACAUGUGUGACAGGAGACUAAUGGGUCGGUAGUUUUGGAUAUUUGUGGGGUCCCGUUUUUUAUACAUGAUCACCAUAAGGGCAUUGUUUCAUUCACUGGAAAUUAGUCUAUGAAAAAGGCAUAAAUUAAAUAGGCCUUGGAUUUUUUCUAAGAGUGUACUUCCUCCAAUUUUUUUAUGCGAGACCUUGUAUGCUAGACUGGAAUUCGUUAUGAAAUUCUCAUUUGGAGCCAAGUAAUGUAGUGGGGGGUUUUCUCCAUUUGUGAUAUUUAUCUGAAUGUGAUUACUGUGUAAUAGGUUUUUAGAUUGUUUCAAUUGAAUACUUACGAAUAAGUUUUGUUGAUGUUUAACCAUAGACUUUUAGUGAGAUGUUUUAAUUGAUUAAUCCACUUCAUAUAAAUAUAGUAAUUUCAUGAA